AUGUUUAUAACCAUUGCUCUAAUUUCUAUUUUUAUUUGUCUUAUCGCUCUCUUUUUAUGGACAACUAACAGUCGAUAUGAUUAUUUCAAACGUCAUGGAAUUCCAACGCCACCGCAUCGUUUCUUUUUUGGUCAUUACGAAACAGUAUGGUCUACAAAAUUAUUCUCAAAAUUGAUACAAUCAUGGACUCAGCAAUAUGGUUCAAUCUAUGGAUUGUUCAUAGGUACAACACCAUUGUAUGUUGUUUCAGAUGUUGAUUUUCUUCAAGAAGUUUAUAUCAAACAAUUUUCAUCAUUUCAUUCACGUGCUUUAGCAAAGAUUGUACGUGUAGAAACAGAUGGAAAAAUUGAUCUGUUUCGAGCUGCUGGAGCAAGAUGGCGUCGCCAACGAUAUGUACUCAAUCCAACAUUUUCAUCUGCAAAACUUAAACUAAUGUCUCCAUUAGCGAAUGAAUCUAUCGAAAGAAUGGUGAAAAAGGUAUCCGAAAUAGCAGAUAGUAAAGAUAAGGAAAUCAAUAUUUAUGAAUUAUACAAACGAAUGACUAUGGAUGUCAUUUGUCGAUGUGCAUUUGGUAUUGAUACUGAUAUGCAAAAUGAUCCCAAUAAUCCAUAUUUACAAAAAUCGAUUGAAGUAUUUAAGAGAUUUGAUGAUGACAUCCUUCUGAUUCGAUUAGGCAAUUUAAUGCCUAUUCUUGCUCGUCCUCUACAUGAUAUUUUAUUUUUUAUGCCAGUUGUUUGUAGAAUACUGGGUAAAACAAUGCCCUUCUUGAGUAAUUAUAUUCAGGAACUUCCCGGUUUCUGGUUGAUAAAUCGUGCGCAAGAUGUAGUUGAUCUUCGAAUUAAAUCUUCAUCAAAUAUACAAAAACGUACAGAUUUAUUACAACUUAUGAUCGAUAAUUCGACUACUGAUGAAAUUAUAGAUCAUGCUGAUGAUCGUCUAAUGUCAAAAGUAUUACGAGCAGAUGAAAUAACACCGAAUAUAUUUCUUUUUAUGGCAGCUGGGUUUGAGACAACAUCAACUGCACUUGCUUAUUGUACUUAUGUAUUAGCCACGAAACAAGAAAUUCAAGAUAAACUUGUUGAAGAAAUAAAUCAAAAUAAUUGGGAUAAGAAUGAUGCAGGUGGUAUCUAUGAGGUAGCAAUGAAUUUGUCUUAUUUGGAUAUGUUUGUGCGUGAAGUUCUUCGAAUGUAUCCUGUAACUAGUAGAGCAAUGACACGUGAAUGUAAUGUCACAACAACUGUUUGUGGUCAUAUUGUUGAAAAAGGAAGUAUGAUCCAACCUGAUAUAUUCAGUAUUCAUUAUAAUGCAGAUUUAUGGGGUCCUGAAGAUCCAAAUCUAUUUAUUCCUGAACGACACGCAGUUAAACGUCAUCCUGCUGCUUGGAUUCCCUUUGGUCUUGGCCCAAGAAACUGUAUUGGAAUGAGAUUUGCUCUAAUGGAACUAAAAAUGUGUUUGAUAGAAUUACUUCAAGAAUAUCGAAUAUUGCCCAGUGAUAAAAUUGAAGAAGGAUUCAAGCGACAUGAAACAAUUGUUAUUCAACCCGAUGCGAUAUUUGUCAAACUUGAAAAAGUCUCCCAAUGA